AGCUAAAUUAACCUCAUAUGUUACAGUAUUAAACAUUGUAGAACGUACUAUUGAAAAACAAUGCAAUAUUAAAAACAAUUCAUCCAUUCAAGGGUGAAAAAGGAUGCUAAGCAUUAAAAUUUAUAAUUUGCAUCAUUGUCACUAUGGUAACACAACUUGUUGACACUCACACUUUUUGCCAUCAUGCCCUUUGACAUGAUGUCACCAUGCCCAGUGAUGGAAUUCAUAUGCUAUGUUGACUGGUUUCCGUGGCUCUGUUCUUCAUCAGUUUACCUGGUACCGUGCGAGAACGUUGUGUUUUUCACUGCUCUCUCCGUGCGUUUUUUUGGCUUCUGCUUUUCCAACAUGCAUUGCAUUGUCGUCUCACCACCCUCUCCAAGACCCUGUGAAGGUCAUCUUGGAGCCCAACCGGACCCUGGACCCUCCCUCCGGACGUCCAACUCUGAGGUCAAGGCCGCUGUCGACUUCACCCCUGCCUCGGCCCCGCCCUGGCGGGUGGUGGUGUCUGGCUCCUCCCUCAGAGCAGUCAUCACCCAGCUGCUGACUCAGGUCAGCCCUGGGUCCCACCCUCCUGUGUGGUGGUUCACCAUCUUCCAGGAGGUCCACCGCCUCCUCCGGUCCUCCUUCCCCUGGGUCAGGGUGAGGGUGGACAGGCAACAGGCCAACUGUCUUCUGCAGCCCAUAGCUCAUCACCAGCUGGCUAAAUACAUCAUGGCCCGUCUGGAGAAACAGUUGAUCCCCUGGAACGGUCUGGAGAAGGCUCUGCUCACCACGCCACACAUCUUCCAGCAUUACGCCGUCUACCUGGUGGCUAAUAGCAUAGCCGGGCUGGUCCCGGAUCAGCUAGCACCUAGCGAGAAGGACCUGCUGAGGAUGGAGUGUACGCUGAAGAGCCUGCCUCCCGGCUCCAUGCUCACCGUCAGCAGCGACCUGGUGGACGACCUCAUGGUCAAGCUGGUACUGAGGCUCCAGCCCCUGAACGGCGAGGGCUACAGACCGCUGAACCAGCAGACGCUCCUGACCACCACUCUCAAGAUGAGUUGUUUCAUCCUGGCCAGACUAAGGAAUAUGCCCGGCAUCACCGUGGACACCAGCCUCCCUUGUCCGUGCUGGGACAUCAGGAGGCUUGCCAUGCUGGUGCAUUGCGGCCUUACCAUGUCCUUGGGGACCUCUCUCCAGGUAGGAUUGGUUGCCGAUGAAUGUAUGGUGGAGGAGCACUGGCUGAGGGCGUCUUCUCUCUUGUCUCUGUUGAAGGGCCCUAAUGUGCUCGUCUCCAUCCUGUGGGAGGUUGUCGAGGCCCUGCUGGCCCGGUACCAUUCAGACCGCCCUGAGGAAUCCUCCAUCCCCACCCAAGUUCCCAGGGUGAUGCAGAAGGAGCAGGAGAUGGAGGAAGAGCUGCUCAGCCAGAGACUUCCUGAGCAGCUCACGGAGCAACUCUACGGGACGUUUGGCACGUGGGUCCAACACGGCAAACUCUUUGGCAGGGCUCUCCCACCGAUGAGCACCGCAGAGCAGGACCUGAGAGGAGGGGACGCAACCGUCCUCAGCAACACUCUGGCUGACGACCCUGUCGCUCUGGACCCCAGUCUGGACGCCCCUCAGAAGGCGCAGCCCGACAGCCACAGCCGUUGUGAUCCGUCUGUGAUGGAGAACAGUAGCUGUGGCCCUGUCACUGGAGAUCCCCUUCCUCCAGCAGCUCAGCCAGAGAACGGAGAGUCUAACUCCGUCUCCACAACCGACCCGGAUGUGAUCCAGCGGUCCACCGUUGGAUUCAUUGUGGCCCAGCUGUUCAGAGGCCGGGAUGAAAUGUCCUCCCUGUCCCACAUCGACCGGUACCGGGCCUUCCAGAACCUGGUUGUCCGAGAAGUCCACCUCCUGCUGCAGGAGGAGGCCACCAUGAACCAGGGCAACCCUGGGUUUGAGCGGACCCUGGAGCGCCUGAAGGACCCCGUGCAGGAGGAGAAACUGGGUCUGCAGCUUCGCUGGGUGCUUGAGGAUAGGCUGAGAGAGGCCUUGCCCGGCGUGUGCCUGUCCAGGGACGGGCUCAUGAAGGACCCCCCGAACACCCUGCUGGCCUGCUCCCUGAUCGCCACAGAGGUCCUUGAUCACCUGAAGACCUCUGUGAGCUCUCCUGACUACAACAAUGAGGCAGAGGAGUGUCUUCACGGGGAACAGUUGUUGGCCCCCACUAAGGACCCCCAGAAUGCCCUGCUGGCCCCUAAUGACCCGGACCCCCAGAAUCCCCCUGAUGACUUCAAGGGAGCAGAGGAGUGCCUCCACGGGGAAGACACAACGUUGGUCACCUCCCCUAAGGAGACUGUGGAGGUGAAGAAGAAAAAGAGGAGGUGGUCUUGGCUUCGCCGGCUCUUCACCUGCAAAAGAAAAUAAGCACGCCACUGCUUGUAUAUAACUUGCAUUUAUUGUUUUUCUUAUUAUUGUUUUAUACCUUGAUUUAUUUUGUACAUUUUUGGAAUGAAUUAUUGUGCUCAAAUAAAUGUUUCCCUGAAUUCUCUAUACUAUGCAUAAGACUCUAAAUGGCAAUGUUAAAAGGCAUUUAGCUUCGAGGACCUGUGGUUGCGAGGCCGUUUCAAAUAAAAUUGUUGGUGGGAACUCUACAACAGUCA